AUGGUUACUCUUGCGCUAGUCCUACAACUAUAUCGGGGAGAACCAGCUAUCUCUAGGUUCGAUAAGCUUUUCACUCCUAACCACAAGUCAUCCAAGAACAUUUCAACGGUCACUGGUUCGGCCCUCCAUGAGGUUUUAUCCUCACUUCAGCCUGCUCAUGAGAAACUUAACCUUGCCAAUAAUUAUAACUCGCCGGCUCAUUCUGCAAAAAGCACGCCAUUAGGCUUUAAUGCCCUUUGA